UGACUCCCGACCUGGGGCCAGGUGCGCCCCGCUCUCGGCUGCUCUACGCGCCUGAUGGAGGGCUCCCGGGCGGCGUCGGAGGGAGACCAAGCCCGGGCUGAGUUCCCAAUGGAGCCCCUGGGAAGCGAGGACCCGGAGCUGAAUCAGCCGCAAGUCCCCGCAGAGGAGCGACGGCCUGAGAGUUCCGAGAGCAGCCCGAGGCUGGCUCCGGUCGCGAAGGAGGUGGCGGACGAGGGCCAGGACCUGUCGGGGGAGAAGAAGCUGCCCUCGCCUCGCCCCGCACCCUUGCGGCCACCCAGCCUGGGCUACGGCGCCUUUCGCCGCCAGGCGUCAGUCGGCCCGGAGCCGCCGUCGCCGAGCCUCACCGCGGCCGAGCAGUCCCGGGACGGCGAGGCGCCGGGGUCCGAGCUGGUGCCCAAGGCCGCGUCAGGUGAGCCGGCGCCGGGCUCCUGGACUCCCGUGGAACUGCAGGUGGACGUGCGCGUGAAGCCCGUGGGCGCGGCCGGCGGCAGCCGCGCGCCCUCGCCGGCGCCCUCCACGCGCUUCCUCACGGUGCCGGUGCCCGAGUCCCCGGCCUUCUCCCGCCACACCUCUCCCGCGCUCCCGUUCCCGCGGCUGACCCCGUCCCCGGGCAGCACGUGGAGCCGUGGCGUGCCGCUGGCCGCAGCUGGGGCGGAGCGCGGCCUCGACGCCGAGGGGCGCGCCGAGUCUCCGGGCUCCCCGACGUGCCGCUGCCGCUGCAAGGAGGACGCCGCGCUGCUGCCCCGCGCUGAGAUGGAUCGCGACAAGAAGCUGCCCCGGGUCGUAAGACUCUUAGGGCUGCCCAUGUACCUGAGGUCCCUGCACUGGGCCCUGGCAGUCAUGGCCGUGUUCCUGGCGGUGUCCACCGUGGCCGUCGUGGUCCUGGCCUCGAAAGUAGCAGGGGCCAGGUGCCUGCCAUGCCCCCAGGGCUGGAUGUGGUCCGAGGGGCACUGCUACUACGUCUCCACCGAAGCUGAGGCCUGGGAGGCCAGCCGGGCCUUCUGCUCAGCCCACCAUGCCACCCUCCCUCUGCUGAACCACACCCAGGACUUCCUGAGCAGAUACCCAGUCACCAACUACUCCUGGGUGGGGGCCCGACGAGGCCCCCAGGGCUGGCACUGGAUCGAUGGGAGCCCCCUGCCUCCCCAGCUACUCCCGGAGAAAGACCAGGAUGAGCCGGAUCUCGACUGCGGGGGCCUGGAGAAAGGCAAGCUUGUGGCUUUGGACUGUUCCUCCCCCAGACCCUGGGUCUGUGCCAAGGGGACCAAGUGACCUGGGUUCCACCCAUCCUGAGCCUACUGGGGGCACACAGCCCCUGGGGGAGCCCAGGUUGAGAGCUGGAGCAGC